GCAAUUUUCAGGUAUUUCGUACCUUCAUUAGGUCGACUUGACGUUGGCUCUUUCCAGACUCCCAUGUGCAAAGUAUAAUACCAAAUAUUGAUCUAACAAAUCUUCAAAAACAAAAUGCUUCCGCUCAGAGAGCAGAAGUCAAUUUACCAAACGCCGAAAUGCUAUUUCACGUAUGGCGCCAUGGUUCACGUUGAUCCGAAGCAGCCACCUUCCAAAGGCAAACCAUGGACAACGCUUGCAUCACGGGACUUCAUUCACCAGGUCGACUUGAUUCUCCCACAAGAAAUAUUUAGUAUAUUUCAGCAAAAAGUGCUCAACAGCCAUGUGCCGCCUCAGUACAAGAGGGUCACCAUGACCCUCGGGCAGGUUCUAGAGAAAGAUUUCUUUCAGGAGUAUCUCAAGAUAGGCAAUAUUCUGAUGCUCUCUGAAGGGAGGCCAGGGCAAGACAACGUCUUCACUAUUAAGGAUGGAAAACUUACCAUGUUUCUGGACCGAGAGACGUACGAACGCGCCGGAAUGGUUGGUAUUACGCAUGGCGUCAAGGGCGAGAGGGGGUUGAGACCACGAUGGAUUGUGGAAUAUGAUCUUCGAGCUCCGGCCAGCUUUCCGGGCAAAAAGGGGUUCGACCGGUUGAUCUAUGCCACCAAGAACGCACUCAAUUUCCCCGUCACCUGGUUGUUCUGCAACCUAGGCAAAACCCCUGAGCCCGACCCAUUGCUCGCCCAUUUCCCAACAACGUACACCUCUACUCCAGGCAUCGCCCAGGACUUUCCAGUCCUCAUCCCAGAACUGAAACCAGAGUCAAAUACUGUGAUCAAAGACGACAGAGAUGAAGCUGAGAGGUUCGCCACCGAGACAUACGAAUGGCUCUCACUAGUUCGUCUGGGUAGCCCAAGAGUCUCUGUCGGCGACGAGGUUGAUCCGUACAUCAGCCAAUACAGUCUUCCUGAUGGUCCCAAAGACCAGGAGCCCUCCCCUGGCACUGUCUCCAGGAUCACGUGGCGUGGCCUCCUAGCAGCUGAUUGGGCUCGGAGCUUGUUCAUAGAACUUCUUGUCGCCUUGCCUUCCAAGUCAUGGUUUUCCUUGAGUAUCAACAGCUUUGCGAUGUCUAAGGGUUUGGCGGCCGACAGCACUGACUUGACAAUAAUGCGCCCACCUAAUACGCCUGGAGAGUACCUGCAGUGGGAGAUCAAGGGCCACGAAUGAGCCUGGGGUCCAUGAGGGGCCUUGCCGUUUCCCUUUAUCUCAGGGGUAACCUUCCCAGAUCAGAUACCUUGGAAAGAACUAAGGUAUCCCGCCGCCUCGAGAAUACUUGUUAUCAAGAGGCCAAUCCAGCAAGGAUUACUCAAUCAAAUUUGAGGCCUUAAGGCGUCCUCAGUCUUGUCUCGCCCGGACGUUGCGGUCUCCCGAAAGCUCUUCCCCGGAUAUCACCUGCAUAAUCAACUGGCGAAGCUCAGCCUGAGCCUCGGGAGUGUCAUGGUCGUCCCUUGCGGCAAACUCGUCGAUCAGACGCCUGAUUUCAGGGUUUGGUCCCGGUCCAUCCUCGGCGGGGUCGUUCAUCGUGCCCAUCGUGACGGACAAGCCUUGAGGCACGGGCGGUAGACCAGCCGCCGAAUCGCCAUUGACACCGUUCGAGUGGCCAUUGACGCCGCUGGCACCGCCCUCCCUGGCUUUCAACCACUCGGCGACCUCAGGGAACUCCUCCUCGGCCUCGAUCUUCUCGCGCGCCGUCAGCCCCUCGCUCCCCUUGAUCUUCUCGUCCAGGCCCAGCUCCUCAACCAACACGCGUGCCGCCUCGACGGUCUCGACAACGAAGAGCGCCGUCUCGCCGUCCUCGUCGCGCAGGUCAACCGGCACGGAGAACUCGCGGACCAGCGUGCGUAGGAGGUCGAGGUGGUUGUAGGAGGCGGCGGCGUGGAUCAGGCUGUAGCCGUGCUCGUCCUGCUGCGAUGCCAUGGAGGGGUUCUCGCGCAGGAGCGGGAGAAGCUCGGGCUUGUUGUCGGCCGCGAGGAGGUACGGGUUCUGCGCCAUUGCUGGGAGGUGUUUUGCUGGUUUGUCUUGUUCGGUUUGACUGUAGCCGUGUGGCAGCUUUUGCUGGUAGACGCUUUAGUUAUGGCUCUCCUCAGCGGGGUAUUUUCUGUCGCGAUGGGAAGGUAGCUUGCUCGGAGGAAGCUCUGCAGAGAAAAUUUAGUGUGGGGUAGCUUGAACGGAGUAAAGGUGCUGCAGAUCGUCACUAAGUGGGGUCAAUUAACGGUUUACCCCAACGUCAAUCUAUUUAGGCG